GAUGACCUGGUUGAACAGAGCACUUUUGCGCCUAGAGACUCCCAAGCUUACGACGUGCAUUAUGUACAGGCCGAUUUAAUACCACCAGGCGCACUGUCUGCUAAUCCUUGGUCCAGUAUCAAGAAGGAGCUCCGAGACCAGGUUGACGGCAUCAUGCUGCUUAAAGCUUGCUUCACAGCAGAGGAUCUAGAGCUCUUCCCUAAAUUGAAAGUUAGUGUUCUGAUGGGGGUUGGCUGCCACCGGCUUGACCGAAGAGCUCUGGGAGAACGAGGCGUAACCGUUUGCAACGUGCCAAAAUACGGUACAUGCGAAAUUGCAUACCACGCAAUAGCUCUCGCGCUAUCCUUGAGGCGCGGAGUCCUGCUUCAC